UAAAGCACGUAAAGUGAUUGGUCAAUAGAAAAACACGUUUCCAGAAAAUGUUUAAACAAAAUGUCAAAUCAAUCUUUUGGGGAAUUAAAUAAUAAAGAACAAAAUUAAAUUUUCGAAAAAAAUGCCUGGAAAUUCAUAAAUAAAAAAGUAUCUUUCUUCUACAUACUGUUAAUUUCAUUUUUUAACAUUUCUUUCAAGGACUUUCGCCGCCAAUGAGCAACAAUCGUAAGAACAUCUACACAGUUCACACCCACAAUUGAAAAUUUUCUUACUACUUACGCGUGAAAUUACAUAUACACUCUCGACACAAGUGUGUUGGCCUGUUGGCGCAAAUGUCAGCUGUCCAAUCUGAAAAUAAGAACAGAACCGUGAUUGGAUUUCUUAUGGAUAAAUUAAACUUCUGAAUAAUAAAUCGUGAUAAAAAUUUUGAAAAGGAAUUGCAGUUCACAAAAGGCAUGGAGGGCCAGCAGGUGAGAGCCCUAUAUGAUUUUACGGGAGAGCCAGGAACGGCAGAAUUAUCAAUAGUAACUGGAGAAACUUUGACUGUUAUGAGAGAUAAUGUUGGCGAUGGUUGGUGUGAAGGUUAUAAUCAGAAAGGACAGUCAGGUCUUUUUCCUGCAGCCUAUGUCCAAACAGCGGAUGCUGCAGUACCAGCAGGUAGUAUGACAGUUUCACAACAGUCAACAGGUGAAUUUUGGGACGACGAUUGGGACGAUGACUCGGAGGUUGGUCAAACUCAGGCCUAUGUUCCUCCAACUCAUAAAAAUCAAGUGAUUCCAUCUCAAAAUUCGAUUUCGAAUGAGUAUGGAGACUCAGUUUCAAUGCACACUAUCCAUUCUGUUAUAUCCGAUAAACCAAGUUCAAAUGCACCAAAGAAAAACAAUAAAUUUUCGACUCUAAUUAAAUCUGGUGAGGACAGUUUUCUACUAGGGACAAAGAGUGUUAUGGUUCCGGAAAAUGAAAUGAUAAUUCUUAACGAAACUAAUGGACACUGUUAUUGGGAUUCAAUAGGCGAGAGUUAUAAUUGCGUCGUUACCUCACCAAAAAAAGAAUCUAAACUCAAGGGACUCAAAAGUUUUAUCGUCUAUCAAUUAACACCCACAUUUAAUAACAUUCAAGUUUCUCGAAGAUACAAGCACUUUGACUGGUUACACGAGAGAUUAGAGGAGAAAUUUUGCUUUAUUCCAAUUCCUCCACUGCCGGAUAAACAGAUCUCAGGACGUUAUGAGGAGCAAUUUAUCGAGCACAGACGAACUCAAUUGCAAGAAUUCGUUGAUUAUGUGUGCAGGCAUCCAGUAUUAUCGAAAAGUCGAGUUUGGGAGCACUUUAUAACGUGUACGGACGAAAAACGUUGGAAGGCAGGCAAACGACAAGCGGAGAAAGAUGAAUUACUGGGUGUUAAUAAUUUUAAUGCAAUUCAAUGUCCGGACACACCGUUAGAUGCAAUUAAAUUCGAUGUGAAAACAGAUGCAUUCUCGAGAUUUAUAAAUGGAUUAGAUCCAGUGGUGAAAAAUUUUAUGGCAAUGGCUGUUGAUCAAACGAAAAAACAUCAGGUUCUUUAUAAACGGGAAUUUCAAAAAGUGGGACAAUGUUUUGUAUUUCUCGGCAAUGCAUUGGAUCCAAGUAGUUUUCAAGUAGAGGAGAAUAGCAGAAAUAAAUUGACGGAGGCGUUGAAAAUAACGGGAGAAGCUUAUAAUGAAAUUGGAAGACUUUAUGAAGAGCAACCAAAGUUCGAUUGGGAACCACUUGCCGAUAAAUUUCAUAUUUACAGGGGAAUUAUUAGCAGUUUUCCUGACGUUAUCAGUAUACACAAGAGUGCAGUACAAAAGAGACGAGAUUGCGAAAGGCUAGUCAGUGAACACAAAAUGGAAUCACAACAAUUACGUGAACUCUCCCAUCGAACAGAUAUAAUAGCACGAGCACUAGGAGCUGAAGAAUCUCAUUUUCUUUCCGAACGAGAGGUUCACAUAAAUCAAGCUAUGAAAACUCACCUAGUAGAACAGAUUAAAUUUUAUCAAAAUAUAGUUAAUAAGCUACAAGAAGCGCUGCACGCUUUUGAUGGCUGAUAAAAAAAAACAAUCAUUCUUGCUUAAAUUUUUUUUUUCAUUUUUUUUUCUUUGAAUAAUGCAAAUGUGAUGUGCAUUAUUUCGUAAUACAUUAUUAGCAUAAUUAAUUCUAACAAAUGUACAUCGUACAUUAAUUUUUAUUCCAACUAUUACAAUAGGUAUAUCAAUUUAUUUUUUAAAAAAAGAUUAAUUUAAUUUUGGCGAUUAAUUAAAAAAUUGAAUACUUAAUUAAUCCAAAGUUUUAAUACUUUGGUUAAGUGCGUGGUAUUUAUUUUUGUGAAAAUUUUAAUAUUUUCAAUGAAUUUUCUACAGUUUAGAUACACAAACCAAAUGAAUAUAUAGUAACUGUGUUGUUCUUCCAGGCAGCUGGCAACUCUUAUUUAAAUUUGUUAAUAAUAAUAAUAAAUAAUAAUAAUUUUUUACAAUUAUUAAAUUAAUUUUUAUAGCCAGUGUCUUGUAAGUAUGUUUUUGUAAAAAUAUUAAUUUAUUAGUUUAAUGUUGAAGUGUAAGUUUUUUUGUAUGUGAAAAAUUUAUUGGGUCACAAGUGAAGCACGUGUUUAACAAUUUUUUUGUUUAAAAUGUGACUUUUUAAUGAUAUAGUCUAAAAUGUGUGCCUUCAUCUUGCGCUUUCGUUGUAACGACAUGAUAUUUCUCUUUUUAUCAUGUAUUUAUAUAUAAAUUUUAAUUGUAAAAAUAAAUUAAUGUAUAUUGAAUGUAAUAACGAUGUGCCUCUGACAAUCGGGCUUUUUUCAAUCUAUUUUUUUUUUUUUGGAAAAAAAUUGUAUCUCGAAUUAUAUAUUAAAUUACUAUUUAACAGCAACUAAUUUAAAAUUUACUUGUGUAAAAAGCAGAAUUUAUAUACAAUGUAAUAUUAAUAUUUAAAUCUGCUUUUU